UGCACGCGGAAGCGCGCUGUCACUGCGAAAAAAAGGGGGGCGGGAACUGGUCCGCGGCUCGUGCUCCUCUGUCAGCACGCCACACUGUCAGCAGCACGGCUCGUGCGGCAGCUGCGGAGGAGGAGGAGGAGGAGGGCGUGAGCGUGCGCUAGGAGAACCGGGAAGCGAGCGAGCAGACAGCGACGGUGAACGUCGUGGGAACGCGAGAGCUCUCGCUCCCCCUCCCCACACACUCACUUAAACGGAAAUAUUCGCCAGCAGCCACGAGCGUGACGCCGCGUUAACACCGGAGCUUUCCCCCCGCGAGUCAAGACCGUCCGUGUCGGGCAACAUGGCAGAUCCCGCAGUCUUGGAGCGCGUCGGCAGCGGCGACGAUGGAGACGGAGCGGGAGGCGCGAGAGGCUUCGCCAGACAGGGAGCUCUGAGACAGAAGAACGUGCACGAGGUGAAGGAGCACAAGUUCAUCGCGCGCUUCUUCAAACAGCCGACGUUCUGCAGCCACUGCACCGAUUUCAUCUGGGGAUUCGGCAAGCAAGGCUUCCAGUGUCAAGUGUGCUGUUUUGUGGUCCACAAACGCUGUCAUGAGUUUGUCACCUUCUCCUGCCCUGGGGCAGACAAAGGACCAGCCUCAGAUGAUCCUCGUAGUAAGCACAAGUUCAAGGUGCACACGUACUCCAGUCCCACCUUCUGUGACCACUGUGGAUCACUGCUGUACGGUCUCAUUCACCAAGGCAUGAAGUGUGAACACUGUAUGAUGAACAUCCAUAAGCGAUGUGUGGCCAACGUGCCGAGUCUGUGUGGAACUGACCAUACGGAGAGGAGAGGUCGCAUCCACCUGACCAUCACCAUCAAGACCGACACACUCACCGUCACCGUUCAGGAGGCCCGUAACUUGGUUCCUAUGGACCCAAAUGGCCUCUCUGACCCGUAUGUGAAGCUGAAGCUGGUGCCGGACCCCAAGAGUGAGAGCAAGCAGAAGACCAAGACCAUCAAGUGCUCCCUCAACCCCACCUGGAACGAGACCUUCAGCUUUACACUUAAGGAGGCGGAUAAGGAUCGUCGUCUGUCUGUGGAGGUGUGGGACUGGGAUCUGACCAGCAGGAAUGAUUUCAUGGGAUCUCUGUCCUUCGGCAUCUCGGAGCUGCUCAAACAAGGCGCCAAGGGAUGGUUUAAACUCCUAGGGCAGGAAGAAGGCGAGUACUUCAACGUACCUGUGCAAGAUGAAGAGGAUGGCAAUGAGGAGCUACGGCAGAAGUUUGAGAGGGCUAAGAUUGGUGGAGGCUCAGAGACAGACGGCUUCUCACCCAAUGAGAUCUCCAGCUACGACACCAACGGCAACCAGGACCGCAUGAAGCUCUCCGACUUCAACUUCAUUAUGGUACUGGGAAAAGGCAGCUUUGGAAAG